CAAUGCGACGUCCAGGGAUUGUUAAAAACCCUAACUUUUACCCUGUCGCCCGAACGCACCACAAGCAUAGCCUGGGCUAGCUAAUGCUCGGCAAACACAACAUUGGGACAUGAAUACUCUGUCAACGUGAAAUAAUGGACAUUAAGGACCGCUUUGCCUUCCUUGCUGAGUGGUACGACCCCACGGCGUGUCUGCUGCGGCGCUACCAACUCUUUUACUACCCCAACGACAACUCGGUGGAGAUGUUUGACGUGAAGAACCAGAGGAUAUUCCUGCGGCGCACCAAGUACGAAGACCUGCGCAAGGAGCACCUGUUUGUGGGCAACCGCAUCAACAUCUUCUCGCGUCAGCUUAACCUCGUGGGCUACGGCGACCGCUACACAGCCAACAAGCUGGGCAGCAAAAAGGAAAGGACGCUCGCCCUGCUAAAGCCGGAUGGCGUUUUGAAGAUUGCAGACAUCCUGGAAAUUGCGAAAGACGCCGGCUUGAUGGUGACCAAUGCUAAGAUGACGCAUCUGACAUGGAGCCAAGCGGCAGACCUUUAUGUGGAACAUCAAUCAAAGCCGUUCUUCAAUUCCCUGGUGCAGCUGGUGUCUUCCGCCCCCGUGGUUGCCUUGGAGCUGAUGGGCGACAACGCCGUGUCCAUCUGGAGGAAACUCCUGGGACCCUCCGACGUGGCGGCGGCCCGGAAGGAGGCGCCACAGAGCAUCCGCGCGCUGUUCGGAACCGACGACGGCAGAGACGUGGCGCACGGUUCGGAAUCCCUGGCUGCCGCCGCCAGGGAGCUGGAGUUCUUCUUCCCCACGGCGAUUUGCCACGGUCCGCCUAAUACGGCCCUCUACUCGGACUGCACGUGCUGCGUCAUCAAACCUCACGCCGUGUCUGAAGGCCUCACCGGCAAGAUCCUCAACUCCAUCGCCGCUGCAGGGUUUCACAUCUCAGCCUUGGAAAUGUUCAAUGUGGACCGAGCCAACGCGGAGGAGUUCUACGAAGUCUACAAAGGUGUCGUGCAAGAAUACAUGGACAUGGUGACCGAGCUCUCUCUGGGUCCCUGCAUGGUCCUGGAGAUCCACGGCGCUGACGUAGCCAAGGCCUUCAGGGAGUUCUGCGGGCCCGCCGAUCCGGAGAUCGCGCGCCACCUUCGUCCCGCCACGCUGCGUGCCAUCUACGGCACCGACAAAGUCAAGAACGCCGUCCACUGCACGGACCUUCCGGAAGACGCCGUGUUGGAGGUGCAGUACUUCUUCAAGAUCCUGGACGGAUGAGGACAAAAGAGACACACCUGCCACCUUUUUUGCCUUUUUAUUGUUUCAGCCAGAUGAAAUAAAGUGACCAGAAGACUCCCGACAAA